AUGUCUGUCAGGAGCGGCCCUGAGCUGAGGACAGGAGUCAGGAGCGACCCUGAGCUGAGGACAGGAGUCAGGAGCGGCCCUGAGCUGAGGACAAGAGUCAGGAGCGACCCUGAGCUGAGGACAGGAGUCAGGAGCGACCCUGAGCUGAGGACAGGAGUCAGGAGCGGCCCUGAGCUGAGGACAGGAGUCAGGAGCGACCCUGAGCUGAGGACAAGAGUCAGGAGCGACCCUGAGCUGAGGACAGGAGUCAGGAGCGACCCUGAGCUGAGGACAGGAGUCAGGAGCGGCCCUGAGCUGAGGACAGGAGUCAGGAGCGGCCCUGAGCUGAAGACAGGAGUCAGGAGCGACCCUGAGCUGAGGACAGGAGUCAGGAGCGGCCCUGAGCUGAGGACAGGAGUCAGGAGAGCGGCCCUGAGCUGA